UUUCUCUCCCUUUCUCCUCCUAUUUUCCCAGAAAAUACCCAUCAACAUUUUCUGGAUAGCCAAACACGCACAAUAUGAAGAAAUCCGGCCUCCUCGCUGCCUCCGUUGCCGCCGCAUCGGCAACCGCCAUCUCCGCUUCCUCCUCCGCGCAGGUUUCUCUUCAGGAGGGUGGGACUCACAGAGGCCACGGUAGUUCUUCACCGGGGGCGAGUUCGGGUUCGGCGGAGAAAUUCGCGCCGAGAUUCGAUGGGUUGCGGUUCAUUGAAACGCUGGUUACAGCUCACAGAUGAAAGCUCGUCGCCGAAACGCGCUUUUCGGUUUUGCCCUUUCGUUUUGUUACUUUUAAUCUUGUGCUGUCUAGAAAAUUGGGGGAGAAAUGACAUGGGUUUUUUUAGGAAGAGAGGAAUUGAGAGAGAAUUUGUAAUAUUACGGGAAUCUUAUGAAUUAUGAUGUUUUCUUGGUAGUUUAUUAUGACAUGUGUUAUGAGAAUUGUGACUAUUUUUCUUAAUUUUUGAAGGAAAUAAGAAAAAAAAUAUAUUUUAUUUUUCUUUUUGCAAUGCAAUAUGCAUGUUUGUGUCAUUGUGUGGGUUGGGGGGCUUCUUAUUUAUUUAAAAAAAACAUUUAUUUUGUGUUUGGCAAAUUUUCGUCCUUGAUUUGGAGGAAAAACAUGUUGGGGGCCUAUCUCAGGCAGUUUGUGUA